UUGACCUUACGUACAGUCACUUUGUGUUUGAGCGCCAGGUUUCGCUUGUUUAGCAACAGUGUGUAUCACAAUGGAUCGUUUUCUUUAUCAUACAUAUCCAAACAACAAAGGGAAGAGAUGGUGGUCCAAGAAAGACUUAUUCAGGUGCGGUUUUAUGGAGCUCAGGGACAUUUAGAAGUGUCAGCCACUGAACAGGAGUAAGAAAAGUCUGAGGACGGGGACGAGGAAGGGGACACGGAUUCCCUGUUGAGGACUCAUGCAUUACCAAAGACACUAGCGAUCAUCCCCGUGAGUGUCCAUGCAUUCAUGGUCAACCAUAACAACAGACUGUUUUAUUAUGAAGACAUCAAGUGGGUGAAGAGGAGGAUCGUGCUGACUUUCCAUUUGGUCCAAGAUGGCAAACCUUGUGACAUCGUUGUGCUGUGUAGUUCUGGCAGCAGUGGUGGUAGCCUACGCUCAGAGACGCAGUCAGCUUGUUGCUAGGAACCAGUAUGAGCGAAUGGGGGGUGAUGUCACCAUGCAGUGCGGCUCCCUGGACAAUGACGCAUCAGUGUCAUGGAAGGUGAAUGGGACAGAUGUGAAGGCACAGCACCGUCUAGAGGGUCCCAGAUUGAUACUGAACGAAGUGGACCUGGGCCACAAUGGACUCUACAGCUGCUUUCAGAACCCGCACGGAGAGAGACGUGACACCAUCUACCUCCACAUUGGCAUUCCCCCUCGGGAGCCCACGGUCACCUGUCGAUCCAACACCUACCCUAAAGGCUUCUACUGCAGCUGGCAUCAGCAGCACCCCACGUACAUCCCCACUACCUUUGAAGUGGAUGUACAACACAACCAGCGUUUACUGGAGGUGCAGAAAGAUCCAGACCACAAGAAUCGAUGUCGUGUACACUUUCCAGAGGUGUUCUCCAGCUUCCCGUACAAAGUUAAUGUGACAGCAGUCAAUGCAUUGGGGAAAGCCUCGACCACCAUAAUCUUUGAAGAGUCCAGUAUAGUCAAACCCGACCCUCCGGAGCGUGUGACGGCGACUCCGAUCCGUUUCAACGCUCGGAGGCUGGAAGUUUCCUGGCAUAGCCCCGCCACCUGGCCUGAUAUCGACAACUUCCCCCUGAAAUACUUCCUUCGAUACCGGCCACUCAUCAGAGAACAGUGGCAGCAUGUGGAGUUAUCUGACAGCACCUCCCACACCAUCACCGAUGCCUAUGCUGGGAAGGAGUACAUCAUCCAGGUCGCUGCAAAGGACACAGAAAUUGGAACAUGGAGUGACUGGAGCGUUGCUGUCCACGCUACACCCUGGAUUGAAGACCCCCUUCCAAUCACAUCGACAACUGAAAUGGACCCUACUGAGACAAAGACCUCCCCCAUACCAUCCUCCAACGCACCACAAAAGGCUGAACCUCCAGUUGGCAGAGCUGCAAGGCUCCUCACAUUUUUCUCCCCUUUGCUGUUAGGAAUGCUGCUGCUGUUCAUGUGAUGUAAAUGUCGUAUUCCUGAGGGGAGCGGGAGGAAGAGGAGGAGGAGGGGGAGAGGCUGGUCUUUUUCUAUUUUGCACAUGUUUCAAGGAUACAGUGCAUUGAUCAUAUCUGUCCAUCACGCAGUUACUCACCAAGAUUACUUAGACAUGAAAUCAGACGAUGAUAAUGCCAUGGAGCAUUUUUUGAUUAAUGGUGACAAAGAAAAAACUUCAAAGGAACUUUUGAAAGCGCCAUCAUCAUCAUCUUGAUCAUCAUCCUGAACAACAGCAGCAACAGGAGCAGCAACAACAACAACAACAACAGCAACAAAAACAGUGUCCAGCAUAAACAGUCUUAGAAUACCCCCUGGUGGUUUUGAUGGGCCACAGCAGACUUUGUUUGGUGGACAACAGUUUGGAGUUCUCCUCUUCAGAACAAGAAAAUCAACUCCUGAGACGACAAAAACAAAUAUCUUCUCCAUGACCUUCUUAUCCUUUUUUAUGAUUAAUUUUUUUGUUCGAAUUUUUGCUUUCUCCUGAAAUUUAAGCACUGUACAGACAAACACACAAAGACACACAUAAAAACACACACACACAAACACACACACACACACACACACACACACACACACACACACACACACACACACACACACACACACACACACACACACACACAAAGAGCAUUUGCAUGUGUGUUUGUGUGUAUAGUCACCGUAGCAGUCCCAAUACAGCUAAAUCAUCAUGCCAAAGACUCAACUUCACCCUCUACGAAAAGGUUCCCAAACAUUUCACUGAGCUUCCUGAAGCCUGUGUCUGCCUUUGUUGUGGGUCAAAACCCCUGAAAGUUGUGUAUGAGUGUGUGUUUGACACCCGGUUGCCACCAACUCACAAGGGAUAUGAAUGAAACUUAGGAUGGACCUGAGGAAUCCUGCAGCUCCUGUUUGUGUAAACAGAUAAACAAAGAGGCCGCAUAAAUACUCAGUCAGUCUGAAUCUGUCAACUUGGACGACUGAGGUAAACAGAUGGAGCGAGUCUUUUUUUUUGGAUGGAUAUGAGGACUAACACUUUGAAGAAUUCAAUAACCAUAGUCUGGCUUUUUUAGACAAUUAGCUUUACACUCUGCUUUUUGCGACUGGCAAGGAAGACCUGGAUUGUAAAAAAACGUAAAGUGGAUUUGAGACUGAAGAUCUUUGCCCACACAUUUGUUUUGGUUCCACUUUGUAUUAAGGAUGACAAAGUUGGUUAUUGAAACACUGAAACCAACUUUGUUGGUCUUCCAUUUUGCUCUGUGCUGUAAAAUACAGUAACACAAGACAGUUCGCUUUCUGACGCCUUUAAAAAAAACAUUAAAAAAAGCCUUUUGCAGUUUACAUUUCAAUAGCCAAUAUCACCAGUUAAUAUUAUGUUACUCAAAGGAAUAUUGAUGUGUUUUAUUGUUUGUUUUCUUUGUUUUCUUUUUGAUUUUAUGGACAAAUAAUAAAAACACAUAUAGGAUUUUAGUUUUUGUUUCCAGACAUUCAUAAUGGCUUAAUUCUCCUUGAUCCUAUUUUGUAAACUAUGAUAUGUAACUUUAACAUUGAACAAAAGGUUUAUUAUUUAAUAAUAAUAAUAAUGUAUGUAUUAGCAGUAGAAUGUCGUAACCUGUACCUGGGGUCUUUUUUAUAGAUGUAUAUACAAUGACAGGUUUCAACCAUUAAAUGUGACCAUUUCACAAUGAAUGAU